AUGGUUCCCCGAUGUCGGACGCCGGAUGGAUCGUGGGUGGUGCCGAAUGGAUCACUACACGUCCCAGCUGCUGUCCGGUCACGGGGAUUUCAAAGCAAAACUCUUAACCUUGUCGGCGAUGCAGCUUGCGCAUGCGGUUUCCCCAGCGGAACUGCGGAGCAUCUGCUAAUGGAUUGCCCACUUGCAGACCAGGAAAGAAAUAAACUCAAACUCGCAGUGCGAUCGGCCGGUGCGGACUGGCCGUGUGAGUUAGAGUUCAUGACGAGCUCCGAAGUCAUGUUCCGGGCGGUUAGUGAAUUCGCUAAGAAUACACUGGCGCGCUGA